CGCCCGCCUCUGCUUUCCUCUGCACUACCUGAAUAGAGGCGAGAAUCACUUGCAGAGAUUAAGAAAGUUGCAAUUGCGCCUCGUGAAACAUAUUGAAAGUUUAGCAGGCUUGGUUCCGUGAUGAACUGGACCCGAACCCCCCCGAUGGCUGCUCUGUACAGCUGGUGGCUGCAAGCUAUACUGCAAGCAGCGGCCACUGGAACCAACCCCAAGGUUAUAAAUGGAAUGGUUAAUGGGACCGUAUUCCUGGCAAUGCCAUCCGUGGUCAUCGCUGAACAGAUACAUACAAUAGAGUGGAAAUAUGUGAGCCGCACGACCCGGCGAUCUAUCGUUCAGUUGAUGCUGGAUAAAGGCAACCAGAAACCACACUGGUUCAGCGAUUACCGUCAGCGGACACACAUCUAUCCGAACGGCUCGCUCUCCAUCCAAAAUGCGAUGCUGAACGAUUCCGGGAUAUAUUCCUGCACCGUCACCUAUCAGAAUGGAGAAGAGUUAACCCAGGACAUGACUGUGAAUGUGCUCGGGGGAGUGGUGAUAAUAGGUGACUGGUGGAAUGCAAGUGCAGACUCUAAGCUAACUCUUGUGAAAGCCAAUGAAACCAAUGAUUACCUCAUGGUGAAUUGUGGUUUCAUAGGUGCAUUCUCUGGAGCAGGAGCACUGAUCAUCUUGGCUGUAUUAACAUGGGCUAUUAUGAGAUAUUGUAAGAAAAAGUCAAGGAGGCAAGGUAAAAGAGCCAAGGAUGAACAAUCCCAUAAAAAUGGAAAACGUGAGAAUGAGGAUGUCUAUGAAAGUAUGGGGAGGGUACCACAAUAAGUGUGAACAAAGUCAUGUAAAAAUGUAAUGAUGUCAGUUAUGCCAAAGUGAUCUUUUUUUUAAUCACUUGAUCAGUAAGGGGAUACAAAUCCUUGAUGCUUUCUACAUACUCCUGCAGUAACUCUGAUAAGAAUGUAGUGGAAAGCCCGCAAACUAGGUCGGGACUUAGAUAUGCCAGGCUUUGCCUUAUAUCGGGAAUUGAAGUAGCCUUUGUUUGGGGUGGAGCUUCCGGCCACUCCAAAUAAAAGCACCAGCACUGAGAAGCUGGGCAUUCCAGCAUUUGUUCCUGUACCUAUGACUUCUCGAAAAUAUGGCAUACUGGCUUCCAAAGACAUGCUAAGGAGAUGGAGGCAUACUAACUUCUUACAAAGGGGCAGCAGGGGGCAUAUUUAAGUGUCUUUUAGGGGAGGGAAAACAGCUCAACACCAAGGCUGCAUUUUCCAGCCUUAUCUGGCAGCCUGAGAUGUAUCCCUAGAGGUACUGCUGCUGAGCUUUUGUCUGUAGCUGAUGUGACUUUGUAGUGACUUGCUAUAAUCUAGCAGCACCUGUGUCAGAGGGCAAUGGUGAACCUGCUCCUAGCAUUCAUUUUCAAGAAUGCUAAUUGGACAACUUCAGUGCAUAAAUAUGUAACUUGGCUUACAGUUUUAUAGACUGUCCUUACCUAUGUUAACUGGUUACAAACAGUAACUUGUUUAAUUAACUACUGACAAGAAUUACUUUUGAAAUCAUAGAAUUUUAUGGCACAGAAGGAAUCCAUUUGGUCCAUCAUUCAUGUGCUUGUCUAUUGAAAGAGUGAUUCACCUUGUUCCAUUUUGUUGCUCUCUUCCCAUAUUCUUCUACUUUUUAAAAAAAUCACUUUCCUUUUAAAAGUUAAAAUGCAAUUUGUUUCUACCACUAGUAGGGCACUCCAUAUAACAACUCUGCAUGAAAAAAAUCGUAGGGCAAAAUCUUCGGCUCGGCGAG